CCGGUCGCUCAAACAUGGCCACCAUGAUGGAACCUCCGCUGUAACGUGAACGUUUUCGUUCGUAUUUAGCAUUUGGCUGCGAGCUAAAAGCGACUUUUGUGCGGAUGCGAUGAGCGAGAAGACGGCGGGCGAGUUGCUGUGAUUGCGGCUGGCCGGCACUGUUGAGACAAAUGUUUGCUGGCGGCGGCGGGCAAGUUGUCUGUAAACACGUCUCUUGAGUCGCGCUUCUCACCAAGCUGGAGAGGAAAAGCAGGAGAAUCGCAUCCAACCAAAUGCCCUCAGAGGACAGAAGAGCCCCACCUCCUGUCACUCGUGCCGGACGCAAAGCCGCCGCAUCGGAGAAGCGGCCUCGCGGACGACCUCGAAAAGAUGGCGUAGGCGGCCACGCUGCACCUCCUCCUCCCCCUCCCCCCAAGUCGAGGAAGAAGGGGAGGAGUCGAGGCCAAGCCCAGGUGGAGGAUGAAAAGGGCGCGGCCACGACGGAGAAAACUCCUCCUCUUGACAAGAUGAAAGCAGAGGACGUGACAAGCCGACGCCGUGGCUCCGCCUCCAGGAGGAGGUUCAACACUGACCCCGCUCCUGCCGUCCCUGAAGCCCCUCCCAGCGACGAUCCCGUUCCUUUUACCCUGCCCCUGACAUCCAACUCUGAGGAGGAACUGCCUCAAACCGCUCCCGUUGCCCCGCCCCCUUCUCUACACAGCCUGGCUCCCAGCCCAAGCACCACACCCAUUGAGGCAGAGGUAGGCGGAGCCAGCGCAGGCUACAGCCCCGCACGGUCGCCCCGCCCGCGCCUCGAUGACGACGACACACCGUCGCCGCUCUUAUGCCGAUCCCCGUCCGAAGACUCCGGCUCGCCAACGCCCAGCCUGGGACACACCGAAAGACGCCUGCAGCAGUGUGCCUUCUGUUACCACGGCGACCAACCUCCCAUGGGCCAAGGCCCGCUGGUGGUGUUCGGACCCACGCCGGGCUACAUCCCGCUUCACAUCCUCAGCCGCAGAACGUCCUCGGACCGCGACGGCGAUUGUCACGACCACUGCUACCGACGCAGCCAGGCCGCACACAUGAGCAGCAGCAGUCCAACACAGUGUGACGACGAGUCUUCCUUCCAGUUGGCGGAGCAGCUCGGAGCCAUCGGACUUCCACACGACAUCGACGUACAAACACUGUUUGACCCCACAGGUCAGUGCUGCGCUCACCUUCAGUGUGCGGCCUGGUCGGAGGGCGUGUGUCGGGGUGAGGGCCAAUCGCUGCUCUACGUGGACAAAGCCAUCGACUCAGGAAGCACACAGGUGUGUGUGUUCUGUGGCGGUCUCGGAGCGUCGCUGCGUUGCCGAGAGUCGGGCUGUGGGCGGAGCUACCACUUCCCGUGUGCUGCUGCUGCGGGAGCUCAUCAGGACUGGGAGCACAGACGCACGCUGUGCACAAGACACGCACAAGCAGCGUCUCGAUCGUGCGUGUCGUGUUCAUGCGGCGGUGACGCCGGCAGUCUGUUGAUGUGCUGUUCCUGCGGUAACCAAUACCACGCUAGAUGCUUGGCCCCACCCCUGACGCCCUCCUCCCUGAUCCGGGCUAGCUGGCAAUGUUUACAAUGUCGAGUGUGUCAGAGCUGCAGGCUCCGAGAGGAGACGUCUGUGUUGCUGGUGUGUGCUCGCUGUGAUAAAGCUUACCAUCCACACUGUCUGACUCCUCCACUGGAUCACACACCUGACAGUAAAUGGACCUGCCAGAGCUGUAGGGUGUGUCUUCGCUGCGGUGUGAGGUCCUCUGGUCACUGGGCCAAUCACCCGUUCCUUUGUGCGUCAUGUGACCCAGCUCUGCCUUGUGCUCUCUGUGGCCGCACCCCCGACUUGUACUCACUGCAGGACUAUGUGAUGUGUGUCUGCUGCUACAGGUGUGUUCAUACCCAGUGUGUUGCCAUCGAGGCAGGCAUCAGCACAACAAAGUGUGAUGACAAAAGUUACAUUUGCCCUACCUGUCAGCCUCAGAGGGCGGAGCUAGCAAUACUCGCACCAAUCUGUCACAGUCCUGCCCAAGACCUCCAGCUUAGUCCCACACAGGCGCCACAUGUUCAAUGUCCUCCUGAAGUUUUCCCCCUUAGUACUACCGCUCACAGCCCCUUCCAGCUAUGUUCAGAGCAGGCUAAGACUCCAACUGAGCCUACAGGACUGUUGCACGAAGGUCCAGUACCGUUUCCAGCCGAUGCCACAGAGCUCCAGCAAAGUCCAACUCUAUCUUCUUCUAGCACCACAGAGCACAGACUAACUUUAGUCCUGGCUGACUCCAACCCAGCAGAGCUCCAGCAAAGUCCAACAGCAUCUCCUUCUAACUCCGCAGAGCAAAGACUAAGUCUAGUCCUGUCUCCCUCCGACCCAACAGAACUCCAGCAAAGUCCAAAAUCACUAAUGCCCACAGAGUUAAAACCAAGUCCACGGUCAUCUCCCUCUCCUGCUACAGAGCCACAGCAAAGACUAAGUCCAGAACCAUCUCCUUGUUACCCAGAACCUAGACUAAAUCUAAUACUAUCUCUCUCUGACCCACCAGAGCUUCAGCAAAGUCCAGAAUCAUCUCCUUCUAACCCCACAAAGGUUAGACUGAGUCCAACACAGUCUUCAUCUAACCCAACAGACCCCCAGCAAAACACAGAACCAUCACCCACUCACUCCACAGUGCUGAGAGACAGUCCAUUGCCAUAUCCUGCAAACCUCACAGCAUCGCCGUGUAGUUCAUCUCGCUUGGACCACACAGAGCUUCACCAAAGUCCUUCUGAGCUGCAGACAAGUUUAGCAACAUCUCUCUUUAACCCAACACAAUUUAGUGAAAGUCCACCACAAUAUCCAUCUGAGCACACAGACCUCCCUUUGACCUCUCACCCCACAGAGCUUCAACUAAGUACUAUUCGAUCCUCUUCUAACACCACAGAGAUCCAGAAGAGUCUUGUACCAUCCCUUUCAGAUGCAACAGAUCACCAGCGAAGUCCAGUGCCAUCUCCUUCGAACAUCACAGAGCUCCAACAAAGUCCAGACUCAUCUUCUUUUAAUGUUACAGAGCUCCAUCCAACUCCAGUCCCAUCUUCAUCGAAGCCCACAGAGUUCCAGCUAAGUUUCGUCCCAUCUCCUUCUAAUGCCAAGGAUGUCCAUAUGAGUCCAGUACAAUCUCCUUCUAACGACAUUGAGCUACAGCAAAGUCCACUCCCAUUUCCUAACGUCACAGAGUUCCAGCAAAAUCCGCCAUUUCCUUCUAAUGUCACAGAGCUCCAUCCAACUCCAGUCCCAUCUUCAUCGAAGCCCACAGAGUUCCAGCGAAGUUCAGUCCCAUCUCCUUCUAAUGCCAAGGAUGUCCAUAUGAGUCCAGUACAAUCUCCUUCUAACGACACUGAACUACAGCAAAGUCCACUCCCAUGUCCUAACGUCACAGAGUUCCAGCAAAGUCCGCCAUUUCCUUCUAAUGUCACAGAGCUCAAUCUAAAUCCAAUCCCACCUUCAUCGAAGCCCACAGAGUUCCAGCGAAGUUCAGUCCCAUCUCCUUCUAACGCCAAGGAUGUCCAUAUGAGUCCAGUACAAUCUCCUUCUAACGACAUUGAGCUACAGCAAAAUCCACUCCCAUGUCCUAACGUCACAGAGUUCCAGCAAAGUCCGCCAUUUCCUUCUAAUGUCACAGAGCUCAAUCUAAAUCAAAUCCCAUCUUUAUCGAACCCCACAGAGUUCCAACAAAGUCCUGUCCUAUCUCCUUCUAACGCAAAGGAUCUCCGUCUAAGUCCAGUCCCAUCUCCUUCUAACCCAAAGGAUCGCUGUCUAAGUCCGGUCCCAUCUCAUUCUGACGCAAAGGAUCUCCAUCUAACUGCAGUUCCAUCUCCUUCUAACGCAAAGGAUCUGUGUCUAAUUCCAGUCCUAUCUCCUUCUAAACUAAAGGAUCUCCGUCUAAGUCCAGUCCAAUCUCCUUUUAACGACACAGAGAUACAGCACAGUACACUCCCGACUCCUAAUGUCACAGACUUCCAGCAAAGUCCAACACCAUCUCCUUCCGUCUCAGAUCUCCAUUUAAUUCCAGUCUCAUUUCCAUCGAAGCCCACAGAGUUCCCACAAAGUCCAGUAUUGUCGCCAUCUAAUACAAAGGAGUGCCAUCAAAGUCCUGUUCAGUCUCCUAACAUCACAGAGCUCCAUCAAAGUCCUGUCCAGUCUCCUAACAUCACAGAGCUCCAUCAAAGUCCUGUCCAGUCUCCUAACAACACAGAGCUCCAUCAAAGUCCUGUCCAGUCUCCUAACAACACAGAGCUCCAUCAAAGUCCUGUCCAGUCUCCUAACAACACAGAGCUCCAUCAAAGUCCUGUCCAGUCUCCUAACAACACAGAGCUCCAUCAAAGUCCUGUCCAGUCUCCUAACAUCACAGCCCUCCAUCAAUGUCCAGUCCCAUCUCCUAACAUCUCAGAGCUCCAGCAAUGCCCAUUGUCAUCUCCUUCUAACACAACAGAUCUCCAUUUAAGUCUAGACCAAUCUUCUAACGUCACACAGCUCCAGAAAAGUCCAGUCCUUUCCCUUUUUAACUUUACCGACCUCCCCCCAUGUCCAACACCACCACCUUCUAAAAUCACAAAGCUUCAGCAAAGUCCGGUACCAUCUUCAUCGAAGCCCACAGAGUUUCAAGAAAGUCUAGUCCCUUCUCCUACCAAUGUCACAGAGCUCCAUCAAAGUCCAGUCUCAUCUCCUUCUAACAUUACAGAGCUCCAACAAAGCUCAACACCAUCUCUUUCCAACAUCACAGAGAUUCUGCUUAGUCCAACACCAUCGCCUUCUUACAUCACAGAGCUCCAACAAAGUCCAAAACUGUCUUCCAGCGUCACAGAGCUCCAAUCUCCUUUGAACAUCACAGAGCUCCAUCAAAGUACAAUCCCAUCUCCUUCUAACAUCACAGAGCACUGUCUUAGUCCAGUCCCAUUUCCUUCUGGCACAGAAUUCCAUCAAACUCCAGUCCAAUCUCCUAACAUGACAGCACUUCAACAAAGUCCAACAUCAUCUACUUCCAAUGUCACAGAGCUCCUGCAAAGUCCAGUCCCAUCCCCUUCUGAAGUCACAAACACGAGACUAAGUCCAGUACCUUCUACACCAAUCCCCACAAAUGUCCAGCCAAGUCUAGUACCAUCUCCCUCAGUCCCUGCAGAACGUCAUGAUAGUCCUGUGCCGUUACCCUCAAAUACCACAGAGCAAACUUCUUAUCCUUGUGGAGCAGAUCUCCAAAAAGGUGCACUGCAACCUCCCCAUAGUCCAGCUGAUCUUGUAAAGACCCAUCUGUUCUGCUUUGAGACUGCAGAACUUCAGGAAUGUUCUGCUGCACCUCAUCUUAGUCCAGUCCAAGUAAAGAAUGACCCACACGUCAAUCAUGUUCCUUGGGAAUGUAAGGAAAACCAUGCCAAAUCUCCAAUAAUUAACUUUUGUUCAACACCCCCUCCAUUAUUCUGUGUUCCUUUGGACAUGGAGCCAUUCACUGUCCUUUUGACCUCCACACCGGCUCAACCUAGUCCUCCAUCCAGCCUUUCCAUGCAUUCAACCAGGGAAAAGCUUGCAACAAAAGUGUCUCCAAAGUCUCCGGUGCAGGAUAGUACGAUGUCCGAGCUCAGACUGAGCAGAUUUGAUGGUGAUGAAGCAAAGCCUGAGAUUAUCUCUCCAGACCACAUUGUGCAAGAUGAUGGCACCCGGCUGAGUGGAGCCCAUAGUCCUGCUGACGUCACCAUUGACCCGGCACUGCUCCGAACCCGUCAAGGAAAAUGCAUUCCUGAGCUGCAUUGUUCUACACAAGUUGUAACAUCACCUCUGCAGAGUCCUACACAGGAUGUUGAAAUGGUGCUAGCUCAGGAGAGCAAUUCUUCUCAUUUGGCCACUUUUACACUGGACCAGGACCUCUCACCCGGCAGUAAACACCUUGCAUACAGGCCCAGUUCAGCUCCCUGUAGCCCAUCAAGAGUGCCCCUUAACUCCACCCCGUGUAGUCUGUCACAGCCUACCAGUCCAGCACGGAUGCCCUCUACGCAACCUGUUAGGCCUUUGCAACUGCAAAUGCUUUCCCGCCAGUUUGUUGCGCAACUGAACGUCACAACAAUGCUCCCUCAUGGCUGUGGGGACGGCGGCACAGAGCUUAGACCUGGAGACAUUAAACAGAACCUAAACCUGGACAGUCAAACACUUGAAUCAGCUCUUUGUUGCUCUGCCACUGUUGUGCCCCCACCCCCAUCAGUUUCCCAUCCGCAGAGUAAGCAGUCGAGUCCUCUUCGUGAUCCACUGUUGCCCACACCAUCAAGCCUUGUGCACCAAAGCACUUCAGUGGACCGCAGUAGCCUCGUUCACAUGUCUUCUGAUGCUGAAACUGUGGAGGACGUUCCUUAUCAUCAAAGUGCUUCUCUUGACUGCACAUUCCAAUGCACAAAACCUUUGGAACACCUGGCAAGCACAGUACAUAUACAAGCUAGCAUGAGUGGUGCUAGCCCUUCACAUGCUAGUGAAAUGCCUGCUAGUCCUGCUAGCUCACUUCAGGCCUCAUGUGACUCGAUGACAGAGGUGACAGACCCUGCCGAACCUUUACCAGCAAGGACCAGUCCUUUAAGCCAACGAGAUAGCCCGGUGAUGCUAACAGACUGCUCUUCCCAGCCGCCAGCCAGCCCCUCUUCAGUGCUUUCUACUCAUGCUGACACCAUCUCACCUCAGAACGAAAACACCAAGACAGCAGUUGACCAUCUGUGCCAAGUCACUGGAUUACAAACCGGUCCUGGUCCAGUGGGUGGUUGCAGUCCAACUGGCUGUGUGCAUGAUCCAGAGCCCCCUCAGCUCACAGAGUCUGGCCAGUCUAGUCUUUUACAAGUCUCGACUUGCAGCAGUCCCUCAGAGACGAAGCUUUUACAUUCAACUAACGUUAGUCAUACACACUGUAGACCUGCUUAUGACAGCUCUGAUAGCCAAGGUCUGAGCAUCAUUUCCUUGGAGGCGAGUGUUUGCUUAAGCAACCAAAGUUCCUUACAAACUUGUGUGACAUUACCCACAUGCGCACAUGCUAGUAGCAGCCGGACUCCAACGCAGGCAGCUGAAACAUUUAACGGUAGCCCCACAGGUAGCACAGAUUCUAGCCUUAAAUCGGACACACAGGCCACUUUUCGAGACCAGAAGUCGCUCAUUUCCACUUCACUGCAGCUUGAUUCCGGUACAGGUUUGACUUCAGAUUCUUCAUGGAAGACCAAACCAAAAUCGACAAGUUGCCAACCCGGCUCGCUCACUGCUCGCCAGGCUAGUGUGACUUACCCUCGGCAGUCUCCAGCACCAUUAAGCCCCUUGAAUGACAGACUACCCAGCAGUCCCACUCAGGAACACACUGACAUGCCUGAACCUAGAUGUACUCAUAAAACACUAGAUCGUUCUUCCCCCACCCGUGCUACACAAACCCAUACAGUGAACGGGAGCCAGCUUUAUAGUCAUUCACAAUUGGCUAAUGCACAGAUUACACAAAGUCUUACUCCUACCAGCCCUGAUGAGCCAGAGACCAGUACGGGUCCAGCUGUUCAUACUCUGGUUGAGUCAGAAACUGGCCCAUGCCCUACUGGUCCUACUUCUAUCGUCUUGUCUGUGGGCGAGGCCACAUCCAUUUACACCACAGACCAGGAAGAACAUCUCAGCUUACACCAGUAUCUUCCUGAGACGACAAAAGGAGGAGUGCUGGAUCUGGAGAAGAAUGAGCAGGAACCGGAGGGAAAGGAGGAGCAGAAGCAACAGAAUAGCGAGCAAGAGGAGAGUGAAGUACAAAACCAGGAGGAGAUUAAGGAGGAGCAAAACCAAGGGCAUAAGGAGCAGAACCAGGAGGAGCUCAGUAGUUCAAAGUGCCCCCCCUCAGGAGUUCAUCUGUCUCCUGGUGAGCCUGCUGCAGUGUCCCCCUUCUUCUACAGCCCUCCCUCACCCUCAUCGCCCUCACCUUCCGCUUCCCCGCCGCCAUCGACUGCCGAUCUUCAACAUGGCGACGUCUCCUCGGAGACAUCCCUCCCCCUCAGCGUGGCGCCGGAUGCGCCCUCAUCUCUGGAGGAGCAAAGUGAGUGGGGACAAGAAGACAUGUUGUUGUCCCAGAAGAUGCUCGAAGCCACCAAAGAUGUUGUCCAAUCCCACGCCGGGUCUUCAGAAAAGGAGUCGUCGACCCCGGAUGCAGUUGCAAUGAGGCCGAACCAGGAGGAGGUGAGGGAGAGUAGCAGUGAUGCCGAAGGGGAGCCGGAGCCAUUUUUAGACAUGGAGGUGAUGAAGCCGAUGACCUCGUCAUCUCCUCUGUGCGAGUCCCCCCGGCUCCCGUCCUCCCCCAGUCCUCCCCCUCUCACCACACGGAGUCUCAGGCCUCCUCCUCACUCCUUGCCUCCAUCAGACGAGCUCUCCAUCCGCCUAAGACAUUCUCCUUUCUCCACUGAGGCCUCGCCUGAGACCUCCCCAGUCAGGGUCCCCCUCACCCCGCCGCCCCUCUCCCCUCCUUCGCCCCCCCUCAGCUUCACUCCUCCCUACACGGAGGAGUCGCCACCCCUGUGCAAGACGCCUCCUUCCACGGUGAUCCCGCUCACUCGUAAGAUCGGCAUGGGCAAGCCCGCCAUCUCUAAAAGGAAGUUCUCACCCGGCAGGGCCCGGGUCAGGCAGGGUUCGUGGUGGAGUAAUGUCAGAGCGGUGAGCCCCCCCUCGUCCUCCCAGGACUCUAUGGGCGAGGGGGGCCGGGAGAGCCCCAAGUUCCGUCAAGCGGACCCGCCCUUCUGGAGCAUGAGAGUGGGUCGCGGGUUGGGCUUUCCUGGGAGGAGGAGGUCCAGAGGAGGAGGUGUUGGAGGAGGACGAGGAGGACGUGGAAGGAGUCGAAUUAAGACGCAGGACUAUUUGUCGGUGUCACCAGCGUACGGCUUAGUGGAGUCCAUCCCGCCCAAGCAAGAGGAGGAGAACUCCAUGCACAACACGGUGGUGAUGUUCUCUACAUCAGACGUGUUCACGCUCAGACAGGACAUGUGCGUGGUGUGCGGCAGCUUCGGUCAGGGAGCAGAAGGUCGACUGCUGUCGUGUUCCCAGUGCGGCCAGUGUUACCACCCCUACUGCGUUAACGUCAAGGUUACUCGUGUCAUCCUGACCAAAGGGUGGCGCUGUCUGGAGUGUACGGUGUGCGAGGCAUGCGGCGAGGCCACAGACCCCGGGCGGCUUUUGCUGUGUGACGACUGUGACAUCAGCUACCACACGUAUUGCCUGGACCCGCCCCUACACACCGUCCCCAAGGGGGCCUGGAAGUGCAAGUGGUGCGUGUGGUGUGUCCAGUGUGGCUCAGCCUCGCCCGGGCUGUGCUGUGAUUGGCAGAGUAACUACAGCCGCUGCGGACCCUGCGCCAGUCUCACCUGCUGCCCCCUCUGCCAGAGAGCUUACACCAAUGAUGACCUCAUUCUGCAGUGUCAGCAGUGUGACCGGUGGGUGCAUGCAGUUUGUGAGGGUCUGACCACUGAAGAUGAGGUGGAGAUCACUGCUGAUGAAGGUUUCGACUGUUCACUGUGCAGAACACACAGUCACAUCCCCUACGGGAGGCUGGACAAUUUAGACAUGGCUCAGAUCCUCUCCAGGAGCCGAGAAGCAGACACGAAGACGUACAGUCAGGACGGAGUAUGUCUGACCGAGUCGGGCCUCUCUCAACUCCAGUCUCUGGUUGAACCCUUGACCUCUGCACGCAGGUACCGCAGGUGCAAACCCAAACUGAAGCUGAGGAUCAUUAACCAGAACAGCGUGUCUGUUCUGCAGACCCCGCCCCACCCGGACACAGGUCACUUGGAGUGUGACCUCAAGUCCGACUCAAGCCCCGAGAGAGAGCAUGUCCCUGAGGAUGAUGUCAGCAAAGACUUGGCGAAGAGGAAGAGGAAGCCAUACAGGCCAGGUAUCGGAGGCUUCAUGGUGCGGCAGCGAGGCGGGAAGGCGGGAGCCGGCGCCAUUAAAGUGUGCAGCGGGAAAGAUUCAAGUGAGAUGCUGCAGGCAGACGAAGAUGGAGCCGAGCAGAUCGUGGACAAGGUGAAGAAGCGAUACAGAAAGAAGAAGACAAAGCUAGAGGAGGCCUUCCCGUCUUAUCUACAGGAAGCGUUCUUUGGUCGGGAUCUUCUGUAUCGCAUUCGUCAGGUGGACCCGGGAGCGGUUGAUGGAAAAGGCCCCACCCCCUCAGAAAAACCAAUGGACAGAAAGCAGGAAAGACUUCCGUUGUCGGAUGACGCGCUGGUGGAUCUGCGUGACGUUCUCUACACGCACCCUCACAUUCUGGCCACGGGACACGCAGCUGGCCCCUUGCCGACCUCUGAGCUGACAGGAAGUGGCGGGCAGGCUCAGAGAGCGUUGCACGAAGAGCCUCUGGACGCCAUCUUAAACCCCGAGCUGGACAAGAUGGUGACAGACGGUGCCAUCCUGAGCAAAUUGUACAAGAUUCCAGAGCUGGAAGGGAAGGACGUGGAAGAACUUUUCACUGCUGUACUCAGCCCGGACGCCAGCGAGCAACACAACCAACACACACACACUGCAGCAGGUGUCGGCGCGUUUCCUCGUCUGGCGCUACUGAACGGCCUGGCGGGCCGCGCCCCCGACGUAGACGUGAUGCCGGGGGGGGGCUUCUGUGGUGCCACCCCUUGCCUGCUCCCAACCAAUCAGGCGGCGGGGGAGGGCGAGCAUGACGCCAUGUCGACGGCUCAGAGGAGCAUGUUGAAGUGGGAGAAGGAGGAGGCUCUGGGGGAGCAGGCCACAGUUGCGCCUGUGCUCUAUUGCAAUACCAACUUCCCCCAUCUGAGGGAGCAGUACCCUGAGUGGUCCACAAGAGUGAAGCAGAUUGCCAAGCUCUGGAGGAAGGCCAGCUCUCAGGACAGAGCGCCUUACGUGCAACAUGCGCGGGACAACCGUGCGGCUCAGCGCAUCAACAAGGUCCACAUGUCCAGCGAGCCCCCGAAGCGUGCACAACCCUCCCAGCCGCCGCCCCUUCAAGGACCGUACGACGCCGUCUCCCUGGACGCAGACUUGGCGCUGAAGGACCCGCUCAGGCCCAGAGAGUCGCAGCAGGAGCAGGAGUGGAAGUUAAGACAGGGAGAGGUAAAAGACAGAUGGCGAGCCGGUAAGAAGAGGCAGGAAAAUACAGAUAAAGAUUGUCCCUUCCAGGCAUCUCUAGCAGGAGGUGGCAAAGAGGCUCCGCAAAUGCGUCAGAAGAGCAAGCAGCAGGCCAAGAUGGAAGCCACCCAGAAGCUGGAGCAAGUGAAGAAUGAGCAGCAGCGGCAGCAGCUCUCAGCAAAUCAGCAGCCGGACGUGUCGCCAGACGUUCAGGCCCGACAGAACCUCCUCCAAGGCUCGUCAUUGGCUGACAACGUGUUCCUCAGACCGCAAGUCCCGCCGCCUUCUGGCUACUCCUCGCUUCCUCACUCCCCCCACUCCCCUCACUCCUCCUCCCCCCUCCAGCAGCCCCCGUCCUCCCCCCAAGUGUUCUCCCCUCCUUCGUCCCGCCCCACGUCACCCUGGGACCCCUACAGUAAGCCGGCGGGAACCCCUCGGCCCGCCUCCAUUCAGCGCUGCCCCCUGCUCAGCGUCUCCCCCGCCCUGGGUUCUCCCGCACCCUCGCCAGACUCGAAAGCCUCUGAUGCUUCAAGGACCCUCGCACCCCAGCCAGGCCUGCAGCACAGCAGAGCGGCUAUGAAGAGCCCCCCCUCUGGCUCCCAGGUGUACCACAGGUCUCAGGUCCAAGGGGGGGUGUUUAAAGCCCCCAUGCCCCCCCAAACCCAGCUGCAACAGGAGUUGUUUGGCACCAGGAGGGACCCGUCCAGACCCGCAGACCUCAGCCUCCCUCAGCCUCAGGAUCCCGCCUUUCAUUCUGGCCUGGGCUCCCCUCAGCGCAGCCCUUACGCCCCCACACUAGGGACCCCCAGAGUUGACAAUAGCCAGCAGAUGGCUGAGCCCAUCGUCCAGCAGUCCUCUUUGCCUUCCCAGCCCUCACACGAUGCCUACACCAACUCUCCAACUUCGGGCCCACAUAGUGACAGCUUGUACCUCCCGAACACCAACCCGAGCCUAAGCACGUCACCCGCGCUGUGCCUCGACCACUUGAAGAUGGUGACCGGCCGCCGCCCGUCCCCUUCCCAUCCCGCAUUGGACCCCUACUCUUCAAACACUGGCACGCCACGCCCCUCGGUUCUCGAGCGCUUCCCGCGAUCGCCGGGUGGCACGCUGACCUCCGACCCCUACGCCAGAGCCCCCGGUACCCCGCGCCCCUCGUCGGACCCUUACGUCCAGCAACCCCCCACCCCCCACCCUCAGAAAGCGGCCGAAACUUUUGGCCAGGCCCAAGUGGAGAGCUUCACUCCUCAACUUGGGAGAUCUUCUAUUUGUCGGGACCUUGGUGGCGGGACGGUGACUCAUAAGCAGUCGCCACAGCAGGACUCCUUUCCCAGGACCCCUGCGAGUAGCCAGACCCCAAAGCACCUUGGGGCAUCUGACGACAGAUUCUCAUCAGGUCACGUCACCUGCGGACCCACCCAGAUGGACAAGAUGGCAGCAAAUGACAUGGUGGCAGUAGGUGUGACUUCUUUAGAAGGACCACUGUGCCUGCUUCCACAGCUUGGUGACUCAGAGGAGAAACUGAAACAGCGUCAGAGGCUGCGCCAGCUCAUCCUUAGGCAGCAGCAGCAGAAGAGCGCAUUGCGGCAGGACAAAGGCCUUCAGGAGGCCGGACCCUCGGUAGUCACACCCGGUCCGGCCACCAGCGCAGCGACACCCCAUCGCUGGCUCCAGGACGCCACCGCCAUCAGCACCGGUGCCGCCACCUCUCCGACGGACGUGUUUGGACGUCCCCCGCCGCCUUACCCUGGCACGCUGCGUCUUCCCAGGCCAGCUGGAGCUUAUCUUGGAGCUUUUCCAGGGGAACAGCCGAGAGGGUUGACCCCCAGUGCGUCUCGUUUUCCCGUGCAGAGAGCAACGCCGUUGAGGUUUGCCUUGCAGGACUCCUUCCCGCGCCCCCCCCUGGCGUUGGUGCCCGGCGCUGGGCUCGCAGGCCCCAGGGUAGCCCCAGUCCCGAUGAGGAAGCCGGUUCAUGGUGAGUUGAUCGCCAUCCGUCACCUGACUGCCACCAGCCCGCACCCUCACAUCAUGUCAGCAGUCGCCCCCCAGGCUUUUCCCGUCCCCCGCGCGCUCUCUGUGCAGCAGCACAGCAUCAUGGGUCAACCCUACAUUGAGCUUCGCCACCGCGCUGUGGAGAACCGCUUGAGACUGCCCUUCUCCCUCACGGUCGGCCCAGUCUCCGAGACCCCCCCGCCAGCGCCUCAGCCGUCAGCUGCCAAGCCCAGUCUGGGAGCCCGGACGGGGGAGACUCCGACGUGCCGGCCCAUGCUCCUGAUGUUGCCGUUGAACCAGCAGAAUCAGCAAAACCUGGUCCAAGCCCCGGCGUUGGGUCCGGGCAACGAUGCGGCACUCCAAGGAGCCGAGGGCAUAGACGAGCACCUUGAAGGGGUGGACUCUGCGGUCAAAGAUCUAGAAGAUGUGGAGGUGAAAGAUCUAGUUGACCUCAAUCUCAACCUGGAUCCGGAAGAUGGCAAAGAAGACUUGGACCUGGGUGCUAACGACCUCCACCUCGAUGACUUCCUUCUGUCAGGGAAGUUUGACCUGAUCGCUUACGCUGACCCCGAGCUCAACCUAGACGACAAGAAGGACAUGUUCAAUGAAGAACUUGACCUGGGAGAGUCCACGGGGGACAAGAAGGACGGACCCAGAAACACUGAUAACCACGCUGACGUGCUGGGUCAGGUGAAAAAAGGAGGUGACGAGAGCGUCAAGGCAGAUCCUCAAGACCAGUCUGCUCCCCUUCAUCUCCCUCCACAACCGAGAAAGCUCCCUGGACCAGAUGGAGUUUUUGGACUACCUGUAGCUUCUGGGGCUGAGGCAGCUGGAGCCUCUCAGCCCGGCUCCUCUUUGCACCUCGCUAAGGGGGAGUUGGGAGUGUCUGGUUCUGGUUCAGGGAUUUUGCCAGAACUUCAUGCCCAGGGAAAAGUUCUGUCUUCUGCUGUGACUCCCACGCCGGCUCCAGGUCCGCAGUCUGACUUUCAGCGGAGAGCACCCGGACCCUCGUCGGCUUACCUUGAUCCUCCACCUCAGACUCAUCCGCUGCCAUUUCAGCGCACGUCGGCUCAUCAGGGUCUUCCGUCUGGUUCCGGCCCUCACUCGGUGUCACUCCGAUUGCCCCAGCCUUGCCUCCUCCUCAACACUCAGGCCCAGCCUCCUCAGCGGGACGUGCCGACUCAGACCCAGGACCAGGACCAGAACAAAGGCAAACCUUUGCUUCUGGAGGAGCAGCCUCUCUUGCUGCAGGAUCUCCUGGACCAGGAGCGCCAGGAGCAGCAGCAGCAGAAACAGAUGCAGGCCCUGAUCAGACAGAAGUCCACCUCGGACCCCGGAAUCCCUGAUUUGGCAGACUUUGACUCCAUAUCGGACCCCAUCAUGAAGGCCAAGAUGGUGGCUCUGAAGGGCAUCAACAAGGUCAUGACCCAAGGCAACCUGGGCCUCAACAACAUGGUCGUUAACAGGUUUCAUCAGGCUCCUGGUGCCGCCACUCCCGAGGCCACAACGCAGCCUCCUCUUUCAGUGGGACAGGACGCCGAGUUGACCCCUCAGCUGGUCCAGCCCAGCCCUCCCAGCUGUGGACCCGGCUUUGUCAACGACUCUCAGAGGCGUCAGUACGAGGAGUGGUUGGGGGAGACGCAGCAACUCUUGCAGAUGCAACAGUGCCUCCUGGAGGACCAGAUCGCCGUGCACCGCAAGACCAAGAAGGCUCUGUCGGCCAAACAGAGGACGGCCAAGAAAGCGGGCCGUGUGCUGGGCGAGGAGGAUGCCGCCCAGCUGCAAUACGUCAUGGACCAGCAGUCCGCCGUCCAGAAGCAGCUGGAGCAGAUCCGGAAGCAGCAGAAAGAUCAUACGGUGCUCAUUGAGGACUACAAGACCAAACAGCGGCAGCAGACAGCCCCCACGAACGUGCCUGCUGCAGUGCUCCCCCAAAAUGUGCUGCCUUUGCAGAAUAACGCCCAGAACGUCCCUCACGGUUGGUCGCCAGCAGGCUUGGCUGCUGGCUUGAUGGGGCAGAAUUUGACAUCUCGCCCACCACCUCAGAUGUCGCCUGCCCACUCGACGACCCCUCAGGUUUCAGCCGUAGUGCCCGGACUUCCGACUCCAACGGCGGGCUUUGCCCCCAACCUUAGGGGACCCGCCGGGGGCCCCAGUGGCACCUCAGCGGGUGACUCAUCGACCCCCUCGCCACAGGUCAAAUUUGACGACAACAACCCGUUCAGUGAAGGUUUCCAGGAGAGGGAAAGGAGGGAAAGGCUGAGAGAGCAGCAAGAGCGACACAGAGUGCAACUCAUGCAGGGGGUGGAGCGCCAUCGAGUAUUGCACCAGCAGAGGCUGGAUCUGGAUCAGCAAGGCCUCCUUGGCCCCCAAAGCGGGUCCCGGUUGGGUGCCGCUGGGCCAGCAGUAGGCGAGACUCCCGGCUCCACCCCCUGCGGGGAAAGUCUCUCCCAGAUGCCCUUCUUCAGUUCUGAGCUUCCCCAGGACUUUCUACAGUCUCCCCCGGGCCCCGGACCACCCACGCUGGGGGGGCAGGCGGGGGUGCUUUUUCCUCAGACUCAGCAGGGCUUCACGGUCGGGCCGCUCCCGCACGGGGUGGGCCCCGCCUCGGAGUUCAUUCCAGGGGCUUCCCCGGAGCGGGGUAGGGUCUUGCCCGUGGAGGCGGCGUCUCCAAACCUGCAGACUAAACCGAGAGCUGCCGGGAGUCUGGGUCAGGUCCACACGCCGGGCGCCCUUCAAAUGCCCUCCAAACAAGGCGGUCAAGGUCUUCCGUUCAGCCCCGACUCAGCCUCCUCCUCGCCGUCCGCCGUCCUCCACGCGUCAUUCUCCUCAUCGCCCCUUCCUCAGCUCUACGCCGACAUCCUGCCCGAUGACGGCCUGAAGAGGAGGAGGAGCGUCAACCGGGACAGAGACAACGCCGCCGCUGGAGGAGGAGCCCGAACGCCGCUUUCGACUCACUCCGAUGACAUCACAGCCCCGCCGACUCCGGCGUUUUCCGACACUUCCUGUUCUACUCCCACACGGAGCGGCACAGAGCUGGCCGACUUGAACUUGCCCCUCUCGGCUCUGGCCCCGUCCUCUGAGCUGGAGAGGCAACUGUCGGUAGUUUGUGCGGCCCAGGAAAGAAGCUCUCUUCUGGGCACGGAUGCUCAAAGCGACGACCUGUGUGGAAGCCGAACUGCAGUCAAGGAGGAGCGCGAGGAGCGAGGAGCCUGCGGAGGAAAUCCCGUAAAGCUGGAAUGCGCCUCCCCUCUUUACGGCGGCCGGGGAGGUGACCUCGGCAAGGAGCUCCUCCGGCACCUGCUGAAGGAAAAAAACUCUCCCGCAAAGACACCGUCGCCUAGCCGCCAGCUGUCAGGUGAAAGCGCGCGUUCUAAGGAUGAGGAUGGCGCCGGUUUCCAUGGCAAUAUGACAGCAGACGGUCCCGAUGUCCUGGACUUGUUGGGUAAGAGGAAGCCCCAGCGCUGUAAGAGAGCCGCACGGCCCGACAAAGACAAAACUCUCUGCAAAUACAAGAGGAGACGACGAGAGGACGACGACGACCGCGCCCUCGACUGCUCCUCUUCCCCAUCAGAGCAGAUCAUGACGCACUUCACGCAGCUGUCGGUGCUGCCCCUCAUGGAGCCCGUCCUGGGUCUGGGCCUGAGCCUGUUUCCCCCGUACGGCAGCUCGUCUCUGGGCCGAGACUCCAGGCUGAGCGGCUCCUUCGGCAGCGCCUGCCUGGAUGGAGUCGCCGACUACUACACGCAACUCACGUGCAAAAACCUCCUCGGCAACCCCCCCACACCUCCGGCCUCGCUGCCGCCCACCCCCCCUCCGGUGGCCAAGCAGAAGCUUGUCAACGGCUUUGCCACGACGGAGGAAGUGAGCAGGAAGGACGUCCGAGGUGUGACAUCCAAGGGCGAAGAUCUUCAUCAGACCGCCAAGACCGUGGACGUGCCCGCCUCCCUGCCCACGCCACCGCACAACAACCAGGAAGAACUCCGCGUCCAGGACUCGUCGUCCCCGUGCGACAGUCCGGACGGCUUUGUGCCGUCCUCGUCCCCCGAGAGCGUGGCCGACACGGAGGUCAGCAGAUAUCCCGACCUGUCCUUCGUCAAGACCGAGGCGCCGUCCCCCUGCCCGUCACCGCCCAUUCCUAUCGUGCCCUGCUCCUGGGGCAAAGGCACUGCGCUGAAGCGGGAAGUCAAGAUGGAGCCGAACCAUCAGGCUCCUCCCUCCUGCUCCAAAGCAGAUCUGGUUACCAUAGCGAUCACCUUGAACCCAACGGCCUCUCAGAAUGUUCCUGGCGUCAUGGCGGCAGUGGCCAAGCUGCUGCGGGUGCCCGCCUCCAUCAACUACCAGCUGAGCCAUGCCCAGUGUGCCCCGCUCGACCUGAUGGCUGGAGUCUCUGUGCCACUACCUCAGACUUCAGCAAGCAGCAGGCAGCCGAGAACAGCGCCACCAGCUGGUGUGAGGAUGGACCCCAUCCAACGGAGCGCCGGUCCCGCCAUCUCCAGGCCGCCGUCGUGCAGCUUCUGCAAAGUGCUCCUGGGAAACGGAGUUCGCAAAAUCAAAGAGGCCAAACAGGAGGGUUCGUCCAGUCUGCUGUUCUGCAGCCCGAACUGCUCUGCUCUCUACUCGUCAGGCCUGAAGAGCAGCACCUCUGCAGACAAGCCUCCGGACAACCCCCCCCCCCCUCUCCCUCAGCACCGCUACACCAACAACAUGUCGUCCAUCACCGUCCACUCGCUCCCGCCGGCCCCCACCCAGACCGCCGGCUCCUCCCCGCCCCUCCACUUCCCCUCCGCAUCCACUGUCACCAUGGAGACCAAACCCCGCGUGGACAGCCUCAAGGUGAAGGUGAAACUGAAGCCCCACCCCUACGCCUUCUCCGAUGGUGACGACUCACUGCCCGGCAAGCGGACGAAGAGUUCACGGUGGCGGCGCUGGAACGUCAACGUCGCUCUGAGCAGGGGCCCCAUUUCCGACAAGGCCGUCGCCAUGCCGACCGAGGAGGAAGUGGACGUGUUGUUGAAGAAGCUGGGGGCGUGUCUACGGCCCGACCCGUUUCCUACCGACCGGCGGAGGUGUUGCUUUUGUCACCAGCAGGGGGACGGAGAAACCGACGGACCCGCCAGACUGCUCAACCUCGACUUGGAUUUGUGGGUGCACCUGAACUGCGCUCUGUGGUCCAGCGAGGUGUACGAGACUCAGGCGGGCGCACUGAUCAACGUGGAGCUGGCGCUGCGCCGCAGUCUGACUCUGCGCUGCGCCCACUGCCAGCAGACGGGCGCCACCAGCGGCUGCAAUCGGCUGCGGUGCACCAACACGUACCACUUCACGUGCGCGCUCAGGGCACACUGCACCUUCUUCAAGGACAAGACGAUGCUGUGCCAGCUGCACCGGCCCCGGACGGGCUCCGCCGGCGGGGAGCGCUCGUCCGGCGGCUCCCUCUCGUCCGUGCCGGGCCCGACCCUCGACACGCGCUCGUGGGCGCGCGACCCCUACAACUCGGAGCUGCGGCGCUUCGCCGUGUUCCGCCGUGUGUACGUGCAGCGCGACGAGGCGCGGCAGGUGGCAGCCAUGGUGCAGCGCGGUGAGGCGCGCCACACGUUCCGCGUGGGCAGCCUCCUCUUCUGCGCCGUGGGCCGGCUCCUCCCGCGGCAGAUGAACGCCUUUCACGACGCCGCCGCCAUCUUCCCCGUCGGUUACCACGCCGACCGCAUCUACUGGAGCAUGCGCCACAGCAACAGGCGCUGCAAGUACAUGUGCUUCAUCGAGGACCACGAUGCCCGGCCGCUCUUCAAGGUCAAGGUGGUGGAGAAGGGCUACGACGACCUCAUGCUGACGGCGCCCACGCCCAAAGGCGUGUGGGAGCAAAUCCUGGAACCCGUGGCCCAGCUCCGAAGCUCCAGCGGAACUCUCAAACUCUUCCCGGACUUCCUGAAAGGAGAAGACCUCUUCGGACUCAGCGCCUCGGCCGUCAGCAGGAUCGUUGAGUCCUUGCCGGGAGUGGAGGCGUGCGAGCGGUACACCUUCCGUUACGGCCGCAACCCGCUCAUGGAGUGGCCGCUGGCCUUCAACCCGUCCGGCUCGGCCCGCUCUGAGCCCAAAGCGAGCGCGGCAAAGAGGCCGUACCUGCCCACCGGCACGGCUCCCAGGUGCCAGGGCUCGGUGGGCUCCAUCGUGGGUCCGGUCCCGGGCGUCAUCUCGCUGUCGCCGGGCGAGACGGUGGCUGGCGCUCAUCAGGGGCGCCACUCCAAGCUGGCACAGUACCGCCGCAUGAAGGCCGACUGGAAGACCAACGUCUACCUGGCGCGAUCGCGCAUCCAGGGCCUGGGGCUGUACGCCGCCAGGGACAUCGAGAAGUGCACUAUGGUCAUCGAGUACAUCGGCGCCAUCAUCAGAAGCGAAGUGGCCAACCGCAAGGAGAGACUCUAUGAGAGUCAGAACCGAGGCGUUUACAUGUUCCGAAUCGACAACGACUACGUGAUCGACGCCACCAUCACUGGAGGACCUGCUAGGUACAUCAACCACUCGUGUGCGCCCAACUGCAUCACGGAGGUGGUGAGCGUGGACAAGGAGAACAAGAUCAUCAUCAGCUCCUGCAGACGCAUCCAGAAGGGAGAGGAGCUGUCCUACGACUACAAGUUUGAUUUGGAGGACGACCAGCACAAGAUUCCGUGCCACUGCGGCGCCUUCAACUGUCGCAAGUGGAUGAAUUGAACGGAAAUUGUGAUUGCCUGACGGGGGAGUGCUGAGCUGCGAGUUCGAUUGCUGGGCGAGCGGACGGGCGGGCGAGCGGGCAAGAGGCUGGCCCUCUGUGUGUAAAUGUGUACAAAGAUGAGCAGAUGAUUUGUGUAAAAUAACUUUUUGUUUUUGUAUUUAUUAUGAAAUGAGCUUAUUUUCUAAUCACACUCACUCGUUUUGGGUGGCGAGUCGCUCGCAGCGUGUAAAUAGCGUCCACACACAGAAAAAAAACAACUUCACACUUUGGACGAGAGGCCAUUUUGAAGUCUUCUUUGCUCCUGUGUCAUUUUGAUUUUGUUUGUGGCCACACUACCCCACACAUGAUGAAAUGAAUUUUGUUUGGGGGAUGCUGUUGAGCCUGUUUUAGAAACAUUUACAGAAAAUAAAAUAUUUUCCAUCUUGAAACAACAUGGCGCCGUAUGUAUGUUGAGUCUAAAGCGGGCUGGAGAGGGACCAUGUUGGAUUUCAUUAAUCGGACAGGUGGACCAAUUGUAGAUGAGGUUAAAAAUAUAUUGUAUAUCCAUCCAUCCAUUUUCUCCCGCUUAUUCCGAGGUCGGGUGGCGGGACCGGCAGGAGCUUAAGCGGGGAAGCCCCGACUUCCCUCUCCCCAGCC